AGUCGCCGCCGGGCCGUUGCUCCGCGGAGCUUCCCGGAUCCGAGCCCAGACGGCGUCGGCCGGGGCAGCCUGGGCGCCGCGACCCUCGGCGGCCACAGGGGGACGGGGAGGAGGAGGAAGAGGCGGAGGCAGCGGCGGCAAGGAGGAGGAGGAGGGCUCGCUCGUCUGUUCCGACGCAGACAUGGUGGACUGAUCUCCGGCAGGGCUGAGAGCAGGGAUCCCCGAGGCUUCCCCGCGCGUAGCUCGCCGUGCCCCUCGCCCCGCACGCCCCUCGCCGGCACCCGCGUUCCCGCCGCGCCCCGCGCCCGGUCCCUAUGGAGGCGCCGCUCGCCGGCGAGGCCGCCGACCAUGCCUAGGAGGGCCGGGAGCGGGCAGCUGCCGCUACCCCGGGGCUGGGAGGAGGCCAGGGACUACGACGGCAAGGUUUUCUACAUCGACCACAACACCAGGAGGACCAGCUGGAUCGACCCCCGGGACAGGUUAACGAAGCCCCUGUCCUUCGCUGACUGUGUCGGGGAUGAGCUGCCCUGGGGAUGGGAAGCGGGGUUUGACCCUCAGAUUGGUGCCUACUACAUCGACCACAUCAACAAAACCACACAGAUUGAGGAUCCGAGGAAACAGUGGCGGGGCGAGCAGGAGAAGAUGCUCAAGGACUAUCUCUCCGUGGCCCAGGACGCACUCAGGACGCAGAAGGAGCUGUACCACGUGAAGGAACAGAGGCUGGCGCUGGCCCUCGAUGAAUAUGUGCGGUUAAAUGAUGCCUACAAAGAAAAAUCAAGCUCUCAUACCAGCCUCUUCUCAGGGUCUUCAUCUAGCACCAAAUAUGAUCCUGAUAUUUUAAAAGCUGAGAUCUCCACCACACAAUUAAGGGUUAAAAAGCUGAAAAGAGAACUCUCCCACAUGAAGCAAGAACUUCUCUAUAAGCAGCAAGGCUUUGAAACGCUGCAACAAAUUGAUGAGAAGAUGUCCGGAGGCCAGAGUGGGUAUGAACUUAAUGAAGCCAAAGCCAUCCUGACAGAACUGAAGUCUAUCAGAAAGGCCAUCAGUUCAGGAGAAAAAGAAAAGCAAGACCUGAUGCAGAGUCUUGCUAAGCUGCAGGAGCGAUUUCAUUUGGAUCAAAACAUGGGCAGUUCCGAGCCAGAUCUGAGAUCUAGUCCUGUGAAUUCUCAUCUCUCUCUGUCCAGACAGACCCUUGACGCUGGGUCACAGACAAGCAUUUCUGGAGAUAUUGGGGUUCGAAGCAGAUCAAAUUUAGCUGAAAAGGUCAGACUGAGUCUCCAGUAUGAAGAAGCCAAAAGAAGCAUGGCUAACUUGAAAAUUGAACUGUCAAAGUUGGAUGGUGAGGCCUGGCCUGGGGCCCUGGACAUCGAGAAGGAGAAGUUGAUGCUGAUUAAUGAGAAAGAAGAACUUCUGAAGGAGUUGCAGUUUAUCACCCCGCAGAAGCGCUCGCAGGAGGAGCUGGAGCGCCUGGAAGCCGAGCGCCAGCACCUGGAGGAAGAGCUGAUGGCCGCCCGGGGCUCACCCAGCAGGGCUCUAACCGAGAGAUUGAAAUUGGAAGAGAAAAGAAAAGAGCUGCUACAGAAACUUGAAGAAACUACUAAGUUAACUACUUCCUUGUACUCGCAACUUCAAAGCCUCUCCUCCAGCACACUGUCCAUGUCAUCUGGGAGCAGUCUAGGGUCCCUGGCCUCCAGUCGGGGCUCUCUGAACACCUCCAGCAGGGGGUCACUCAACUCCCUCAGUUCCAGUGAACUCUAUUACAGCAGCCAGGGCGACCAGAUGGACACAGACUAUCAGUAUAAACUGGACUUCCUUCUUCAAGAGAAGGGUGGCUACAUUCCUUCCGGACCCAUCACCACCAUCCACGAAAAUGAGGUGGUCAAGUCCCCCAGCCAGCCCGGCCAGAGUGGGCUCUGUGGGGUGGGAGUGACAGCCAGCAGCCACACAACCCCACUGACGGAGGCCUCCAAGUCAGUGGCAUCCCUGUCCUCCAGGUCCUCUCUCUCCUCCUUGUCGCCUCCCGGCUCUCCUCUUGUCCUGGACAGCGUAUUUCCAGGGUCCUCCCAUGACACCUCUCCACACCAGUUCCCUACCGACUUUGAGGACUGCGAGCUGAGUCGCCGCUUUGCUGACGUUGGCCUUGGUGAAAACCAGGCCUUGCUGGAUUCAGACUCGGGAGGAGCAUCCCAACCUCUCCUUGAGGAUAAAGGCCUGAGCGAUUGCCCUGGGGAGCUGCUGUGUGAGGGCGCAACAGAUGUGGAAAAGUCGUUACCCAAAAGAAGAGGACUCCAUCUUCGAGGAGACAAGACCACUCGGGUGUCCGCUGCUGCCUCUGACGAGUCGGUGGCUGGAGACAGUGGGGUCUACGAAGCCUCCAUGAAGCAGCCUGGUGAAAUGGAAGAUGUUCCCUACAGUGAAGAGGAUGUCACCAUUGUGGAGACUGCCCAGGUGCAGAUAGGACUCAGAUACGAUACAAAGAGUUCAAGUUUCAUGGUGAUUAUAGCACAACUCCGAAAUCUUCAUGCCUUCUCGAUACCUCAUUCUUCAAAAGUGUAUUUUAGGGUCGCUCUGCUUCCCUCCUCUGCGGAUGUCAGCUGUCUGUUUCGAACAAAAGUCCAUCCCCCCACCGAAUCUGUGCUGUACAACGAUGUGUUCAGGGUGGCCGUUUCCCAGGCAGCCCUUCAACAGAAGACGUUGAGAGUGGAUCUCUGCUCCGCCAGUAAACACCGCAGGGAGGAAUGCCUGGCUGGGACGCAGAUCAGCCUGGCGGAUUUACCAUUUUCCAAUGAGAUCUUCAUGCUGUGGUAUAAUUUGCUUCCUUCCAAGCAAAUGCCUUGCAAGAAGAAUGAAGACGGAAAUGAGGAGCCUGGAGCUCGGUCUCAGCAGCCCAUGCUCGACCCUAUAGACCUGGACGCCGUGUCAGCCUUACUUGCGAGAACUUCAGCUGAGCUCUUGGCUGUGGAACAAGAACUGGCCCAGGAGGAGGAGGAGGAGGAGCUAAGGCCAGAGCGGCGGGGUCCAGGGAGAGACUGCCUAACGAUGCUAAGAGAGGCCUCUGACGAACCUGCGGCUUUGAGAGAGUCUGGGGUUCCCUUGGCAGAGGGCAGCCGCUGCACAGAGGACCCGAAGCCAUGCCCUAGGGGGCCUGAGACAAGCCAGUGUAGGAAGGAGCCUGCUGAAGACCCUGGUCAGCUGCCAUCUGGACUUCCCACCCUGGUCGAUAAGGAGACGAAUACAGAUGAAGUGGUUGACAGCAAUAUGGCAGUUCGCCCUAAAGACCGAAGCAGCCUCAGCUCUCGACAGCAUCCAUUCGUGAGAAACAGCGUGAUAGUGCGCUCACAAACCUUCUCCCCAGGCGAGCGAAGUCAGUACAUCUGCAGGUUAAAUCGCAGUGACAGUGACAGCUCAACCUUGGCCAAAAAAUCCUUGUUUGUGCGGAACUCCACUGAGCGGCGCAGUUUGCGGGUCAAAAGGGCGGUUUGCCAGCCCACCCUCAGGAGGACUGCUCAGGAAUGCCCCGUGCGCACUUCUCUGGACCUGGAGCUGGACCUGCAGGCCUCGCUGACCCGCCAGAGUCGCCUCAAUGACGAGCUGCAGGCCCUGAGAGGCUUACGGCAGAAGCUAGAGGAGCUGAAGGCUCAGGGAGAGACUGACCUUCCCCCAGGCGUGCUGGAGGACGAGAGAUUCCAGAAGCUUCUGAAGCAAGCAGAGAAGCAGGCUGAACAGACGAAAGAGGAGCAGAAGCAAGACUUGAACGCAGAGAGGUUGAUGAGGCAGGUCUCCAAGGAUGUGUGCCGACUGCGGGAGCAGAGCCAGAAGGAGCCUCGGCAGGUGCAGUCCUUCAGGGAGAAGAUUGCCUACUUCACAAGAGCGAAGAUUAGCAUCCCAUCACUGCCCGCUGACGACGUGUGACCCUGCCUGUGGCUUAGCACCGCCUCUCAGCUGCUCACUUGCCAAGGGAGGGGCAAAGACUGAAUAUUUACUUUUUUUGUUGUUUUCAUUUUUGUUUCAUUUUGGGGGCGGGGCUUGUGUUUCCUGUAAUAUAACUCAACUCUUGAAGAGCUUCCGUUUCAUACCAGUUUCAUCAGGUUUAUUUGUAAAGUACUUUGAAUGUAACUCUUACAUGCUUUGAGAAGAAAAAAAAAAUCACAUAACAAAACUGGGGUAAUCUGGUCCAAAUCUGGUCCACAAGUGUUGUACAGUAUGCAUGUGUUACCGCUGGGCUUCGCUGCAGGCUGGACUCAGGUAACAUGUGCCCGGUGUCUGCCCGCUGAGCCGACUGCAGCAGGCAGCUGUCUAGCUGCCCGGGAGACUGGUGCCACAGCAUACCUUUGAACUAGAGAGCCACACUCUCCAUCCAAGUGAGCAUCUCUGAGCCCACCUGGAACACCUGCCCGGUUCCUUCCAUCACCCACGUCUGACCACCUUUUCUCUGCAAAACCCUUUCUUUCUGCCCUCUUAAACUUGUCUGGAGAAAACAAGAGUGUGAAAGCCGAGGGCAGAAAUAGAGAAGCAGAGGUGUACUCCUGCUGUAGAAAGCUGCGGUCGGGGGCAGAAAGAAAACUGUGGGGAGGGGAGGCAGCUUUCAAAACCCCUGAGAAGACUGCAGAUGCUUGCCUGGCCACUGCUUCUAUCACAGUCUGCAUCUGCAGGGCAAGGUGGCCCCGGCCUCUGAUGACGCUGCAGGCAGUGCAGAGGGGGCACGCCUCUAUCCAUUAGAGGAGAGCUGAGGUCGGGGCGCAUCAUAAUGAGAUCAAACUUGCCAAACAGAAGAGAGUUUGUUACCAGGUUUCUACACUCACUAGGAAGUAUUUUGUAGCUGUCAUCUUCCUAGAGAUUCUGUCCGGGAGAUUCUGUCAGGGAUGCAUAAAAGGUAGUUGAAUGCAGAAGCAAAGGGUGUGGACUGGAUCAUUUUAUAUCUAUCUUCUGGAUGAACAAGCAAGCUUGACCUAGAAAUUGGUCAAAGAGCCGUGUUCUUCAAGCUGGGUUUUAACUUACCAGACCCCGGGCACUUCCUUAAAAAAAAAAAAAAAAAGACUCGGUUUAGCCUAGCCAGCAUAAACAUGUUAAAAUAAAUACUUUUUCAGGUAAUUUAAACCACACUCACGUACUCUGUCAUACUGGAAGAAGCCGUGUUUUGGUGAGCCAUCUUAUAUAGCAAGCUAAAUUAUUUUUAUUUUUUUAAUGCAAAAUAAUUUUAUAGGAAUUAAUAGAAGAAAGGCGAAGGGGAAAAUCUGUUUUAAAAAAGUUACAUUCUGCUGGAAUCCCCAUUAGUAAGGAUUUUUAUUUUCUUGAAUCUAUGUAUAUUUUAGAAAGUUCAUUUUUAUCAGAAUCAAAGUUCGUACUCAGCCAGAAUUUUAAUUAUCAAGUGACUGCACCUAAAAUGUAAUCAUUUCCCCCUAAACAUUCCACAACGUGUACCCCGCUUCUCACAAGGUGUAACUGGAUAGGACACUACUUGGAACUACAAGAAGCCUGGUGGUGGGCUGAGCACAGACCUCCCACGCUGCCCAGCGCCCUGUAGGUAACUGGAGGAAGGCCAUGCUGUCCACCCUUCCUGGCCAGGAUCCAGUUGAGCAGCAGAGGUUGACUAAAUGAAGGUGCCGUCUUCAGCAUCAUAGUUUGACCAGUGAAAAUGUUCAUAGAAUUUUGUGUAGUUGUACCGUACGAUUUUAUCUUCUUCAUUUAUUUAUUUACGGUCUUAUUUAUGUUCUGUUUAAUAUAUAGUUUGGUUCUGGCCAUCUUAAAUGUUGGGCUUACAAGAGGCUAUAUUGAAGUAUUUACAGCUAUAUGAUCUUCAUCAGAUUUAUCGCUAACUUUUUGUAAUACAAAAAGUGUCAGACUACGAGUAUUAAAGAAUAAAGUGUGUCUCAGGCUGGUAGCUCAGAGCUGUGACUGAGGGACUUCGGUUUUAUUUUAUAAAACAUGCUCAUUUCUAACAUGAGAGAAACUAUUCUGGUAGAAUCCUUUCUCCACUCUGAAAGUCAGCAGUCAUGUUGUGCUUAUACAGGCCGCUUUCUGUAGGUCUGUCUGUCACAUUUGUAUUGACCCAAAUGAUUUUUAAAAAAAGUUUUUUUUUUACUAACUUGAUCACAAAACCAUAUGGAUGAAUAAAAAAUUUAAUAUUAUUAAAAAUAUUUUUAAACUUAGAAUUUAUUCUGCAUAGGGUAAAAAGAGUUUAAUCUUUAGCUCUCAAGUUUGGAUUAUCAGUAUAUUACAUUUUUGUCUAUCAGACUCAAGUGUUACAGGUACAAGGAGGAUAUUAACUUGCCAAAUAACAAAGUUUAGCUGAGUCUCUGUAGCAUACAAAUUACAUACAUUUAAAAUCUUUUUGCUAUGUAUUUAUAUUGUAUUAAAUAUGAGAAGCUCAGGACUCAAACAUUUAAUCAGGUUACAUUCUGGAAAUGUUUCUGUUUUCAUUUGUCCUGUUUGUAAUGGUGUGUAAAUACAUCGCCCAUAUUAACUCCUGUUGCUGCACUUGCCCCGUGUCUGUGGAUGAAAAAAUUCAGUGAUUUUUUUUUAAACAAUACAUAUUUCCUAAUACUGCA